AUGGUUGGAUUUGUGGCAGCUGAUGGUGUUCUGGGGGAAGCUGCAUUUGGCAAUUUAGAGGGUGCAACUGUUGUUGUGGUUGGUGGUUUGUUAGCAGAAGAAGUGGGAGAAGAUGCAGCUACUGGUGGCUUCCAUGAUGGUGUCCCAGAAGAAGGGGAUGCUGCAAUUGGGCUUGAAGUUGGCAACUUUGAUGGUGCACCUCCUUGUGCCUGGGCACUUAUUGAGGCUAGUGGGAAGCAGAGGCUAGCCAAAGCAAGUGCCCAGAACAUUGCAGCCAUUGUUGGAUAUGAUUUGAAUGGUGCAGAAUGUAGCAAGUGCAAGAAUAUUAUACGAGGAAUAAUAGUGUUGGAGAAUCAGAAAGUUCCUUCCUUGGCCCUGUUGUGGGCUGUCUAUCGCUUGGUUUUGUCUCAACUUGUGUCACCAUUUUCUUCAUUGCUCCCCAAGUUAAUCUAG